CUUGACUCCAAUUAAAAAUAGCUCAUCAUUUUAACUUAGGCCAAAAGAAAUUCUAUUUCACAAGCUCUAUAAAUUGUGCCACCGCCUCCAUUAAUCUUAUCCUUCAAACCCCAAACCAAUAUUUCUUCAUUUUUUUUUUCUUUUCUCUCUCUCAUACUUAAAGUUAUGGAUAAGAAACCAUGCAUAUCUCAAGAUGUUGAAGUGAGGAAAGGACCAUGGACCAUGGAAGAAGAUCUUAUUCUCAUGAACUACAUAGCUAAUCACGGAGAAGGCGUUUGGAACUCGCUUGCACGAUCAGCCGGGCUCAAGCGCACGGGAAAAAGUUGUCGUCUGAGGUGGCUUAACUACCUUCGACCGGACGUUAGGAGAGGAAAUAUUACUCCGGAGGAGCAACUUUUGAUUAUGGAGUUGCAUGCUAAGUGGGGAAAUAGGUGGUCAAAAAUCGCGAAACAUCUUCCCGGAAGAACUGACAAUGAAAUUAAAAACUAUUGGAGGACUCGAAUCCAGAAGCACAUUAAGCAGGCCGAGAAUAAUUUUGUACCAGGCCAAUCAGGCGUUGAUCAACACAACACUGAUCAAGCCAGCACGAGCCAGAUGUCGGGCUAUGGGCCUACGGAUCAGACGGACGAGUCCUAUUUUCCAGGCCCAUUUCCCACUGACCAACCAAAUGAAGGCCUUUGGAGCAUGGAGGAUCUUUGGUCCAUGAAUUUGCUCAAUGGAGACUAAAUAAAUAACUUUUUAGGUCUCCAUCAAAAUUCGAUCUCCACCGUUGAUCGUGAAACCGAUAACCCUAAGUAUGCAUCUUUAUCGUUCUCAUUGUAUAGAUUAAUUAAGUAAUUGGUUUAAGUUAAUUAUUGAUUUUCGGAUACGUAGAAUUAUAUGGUCUUGGGGUAUAUGAGUGUAUGGUGUCGGUUUUUAAUAUAUGAUAGAAAAAUCAUGAUUUUACGUACGUACAUAUGUCCAAUUUUCUAUGUGUGUAAACGACAAACGAUGAAAAAAAAGGCAUAAUCCAAUAGCUUUGAAAAGGAUUUAACAAACCUUGUUUGGUUAGCAAAAUUAGUACGCACGUAUUUAAAUUUAAUUAUGUUCGAGUGUUGAUUAAUUAGUGUGGUGUUAGUGACGUAAUGAUCCUUAGCUUAAUUUGUC